GAGUUGGGAUGUCGGGAGAGAGCUUCCUGGGCAAGUCAUUGUUGCAGCGGGGUUUGGAUCGCAGAGUCGUGGUGGGUGAAGGCAUUCCGGUGGCAGAAUAAAGACCCCGCGAUCCGACAGAGCAAUCUAGUUGUUAGCGUCCAGGGCAGCUUCCUGGAGCCGUGGGGAAAUUAGUGUUUUUCCUCUCUCAUUGUCACGGAGAUGGAAGCAGCCGGGAGAGGAAACUCCUGCCUCAGCUCUGGGGCCUUGUUAUUGUGUAUCUUGUGUGUGUAACUCUGUGUCUGUGUUUAUGUUUGUUUUUUCCUUCCUUUGGAUUGUAUCUCAUCCUCAUUCCCUGGUAGUUUCAUAGCCCGAAACUUGCUGGUCUUCUUGAUGUGUAUGGUGAGAAAAAAGAUUCAAAGGAUCUAGAGGAAUCCUAGGUUAGAUGAAAUUUCAAGAUUAGGAAUUUGUACCCACCCCACCCUAGGGUCACUAAGGCACCUACAUUGCCUCCAGACUCCUGCUAAUGUUGGUACUGAGGGCCUGUCAUUCACCCUGGGGAACUGCCUGGCUGAGGGUAGAUCUCCCUUCUGCCCGCAUAUCCCUCUGGCAGUUUUACCCUUCCCUCCUUUUUGUUAAAGGAUGGACUGAUACAGGCUGCUUGCUGCUGGGAACAGGAAAUUUAUUAAGGAACUGUAAAUCUGAGUGGAAUGAAUUCAAAUCACAGCCAGACUCCCUCCACUUGUUGAACAGAAGGUUCCCAGAAAUGCUUGCUUUUUUUUCCUUCCUGUUAAAGGGAGAAAACGUAAAAUGUUUUCUCAAAGAAAAAUCGGGGGAGUGUGUGUGUGUGUGUUUGUAUAGAGUAACUGUACAUAUGGUGUGUUUACUUAAUGUAUCCCAGGGUGUUGUUUCAAGGAGGAAGGGGCAGUUUCGGACUGGGAGAAGUUUUCCUUCUCCCAUCUCACAUAAUUCAGGAAGGUAAAUCAAAAUCAGAUGUUCAUUCUUGAGUGGCAAUCAGAUGGCUUUGGAUUUUUUUUUUUUUAACUCUUCUUUAAACUGGUACAUCUGGGUGAACUCAGACUUGUGUAUCUUGGCAUCUGGGCCUGUCUAGUAAUAGAAGACAAACUGUUUGACUUGUUUUGGCUGCGUUUUUGGACUCAUUUCACCAUACCCUUUUUUACAUUUGAAGGACUGGUCAGGGGGAAGAAAGCAAGUAUUAAAAACAGUGUUUACAAUUUGUGGCUUAAAGUCAGGUGGGAGAUAAUUAUGGCCUUUGAAGCUGAUGACUUGAGCACGCAUCAUUUGAUGACUUGGGGAUUAGCAGUUUGGAGGUGACAUGUUUGGAAGAAAGAGGGUUACAUAAGGAGGGAAAGACAGGGAAAAAGAAGUUUGGGGAAAGGCUGUGCCAGAACACAUUGGGAGGAUAAUAAAUAAAUAGCACCUUAAAGUAAUUGAUGUGGCUUGUAUCUCUCAGCAGGAGGGUGAAAAUGAAAGCAGGCUGUAGCAUCGUGGAAAAGCCAGAAGGAGGUGGAGGGUAUCAGUUUCCUGACUGGGCCUAUAAAACAGAGUCGUCCCCGGGCUCCCGGCAGAUCCAGCUAUGGCACUUCAUCCUGGAGCUGCUGCAGAAGGAGGAGUUCCGCCAUGUCAUCGCCUGGCAGCAGGGAGAGUAUGGGGAGUUUGUCAUCAAGGAUCCAGACGAGGUGGCCCGCCUCUGGGGCCGCAGGAAGUGCAAACCACAGAUGAAUUAUGACAAGCUGAGCCGGGCCCUGAGAUACUAUUACAACAAGAGGAUUCUUCAUAAAACAAAAGGGAAAAGGUUUACUUAUAAAUUUAACUUCAACAAGCUGGUGAUGCCCAACUACCCAUUCAUCAACAUACGGUCAAGUGGUGUGGUUCCCCAGAGUGCGCCACCAGUGCCAACAGCCUCUUCCCGCUUCCACUUCCCACCUCUGGACACCCAUUCUCCAACCAGUGAUGUGCAGCCAGGGCGGUUCUCUGCUAGCUCCCUAACUGCUUCUGGCCAGGAGUCAAGCACUGGCACUGAUAGAAAGGUGGAGCUUUCGGAGCUGGAGGAUGGCUCGGCCGCUGACUGGCGCCGGGGUGUGGAUCUCAUGUCCUCCCGAAAUGCUGUCGGCGGAGGGAUUGGCCAUCAGAAGCGCAAACCUGACAUCAUGCUUCCCCUGUUCUCUAGGCCAGGGAUGUACCCUGACCCCCAUAGUCCCUUCGCCAUCUCUCCGAUCCCCAGCCGUGGAGGUGUCCUGAAUGUCCCCAUUUCACCAGCCCUCUCCCUGACUCCCACCAUCUUCUCCUAUAGCCCGUCGCCAGGCCUGAGCCCCUUCACCAGCAGCAGUUGCUUCUCCUUCAACCCUGAGGAAAUGAAACACUACCUUCAUUCUCAAGCCUGUUCUGUGUUCAACUACCAUCUGAGUCCGCGGACAUUUCCUCGUUACCCAGGGCUCAUGGUUCCACCGCUGCAGUGCCAGAUGCAUCCUGAGGAGUCAACCCAGUUUUCCAUCAAGCUGCAGCCCCCACCUGUCGGGCGGAAGAACCGGGAGAGGGUGGAGAGCAGCGAGGAGGCAGCGCCUGUCACUGUUCCCACGCUGGCUCCUGUCCCCCCGAGAAUUAAGGUGGAACCAGCCUCUGAGAAGGAUCCUGAGAGUCUCAGGCAGUCGGCACGAGAAAAGGAGGAGCGCUGUCAAGAAGAGGGCAGUGUGCCAAGCAGGACCACAGAAGAGGAAAAAGGCACCAUCUUUGCCCGCCCGGCUGCACCGCCUGUCUGGCCCUCUGUACCUGUUAGCGCCUCAAGUGAAGAACCCCUAGAGGUGACUGAAGACAGUGAGGACAGGCCUGGCAAAGAGCCCGGUGCACCUGAGAAGAAAGAAGAUGCCCUGAUGCCCCCCAAGCUUCGGUUGAAGCGGCGCUGGAAUGAUGACCCUGAAGCCCGGGAGCUGAGUAAGAAUGGCAAGUUCCUCUGGAAUGGGUCAGGACCCCGGGGCUUGGCAACGGCUGCUGCUGACGCUUAGAACUGGAAGCUGAUUGGGAGCUGUUUAUACUAUAAUCAAACACAUAUAUGUAUUUAUGUAGCAAGAUUUCAGGGUGGGGGGGUGGGAGGGAAUUAGGCUGGUUUGAUCCUUCUAGGGGCAUAGACUUGUAUUUUUAUGUUUGGGGGAUAGGAUGGGGGUAUCUUCUGUUGUAAAUUAGAUGGGAUGUGAACACACUUUUUUUCCUGGUGAGUAGGACAUGGGAAGGGUAUUGAACUGAAAGAAGAAAGAGCCUCUGUUUCCUGUUGAGGCUUACACUUUCUGACAAACUCCCAGAGGGCCAAGAUACUGUUUGGUCCCAUGAUAGUUCAGGUUCCAGACUUGUUUCUUUUCUAUUGUAUUUAUAUGUGGAAAGCCAUUAAUGAAUUUAUUUUGCUCUGAGACAUACACAUAAAAGGGAAAGGGGCGUGGUUGGGAGGUUGAGCAGUGAGAGACCAUUAAUACUAAGUAUUUUGCCUGAAAUGUUUCUUUAUAAUUAUUUCAGGGGAGGAAUAAGAAUCUCAGUCUUAUGGGGGCAGGAGGAUGUUCAGGUGUUGCUCUUUUUCUUUUUCCCUUUGUUGUUGUUGUUCGGCUUCUUUUUUUUUCCUUUUAUAAAAUGUUAUCAGGAAAGUGAAAUGUACUGCCAGUUAGAGCGGGGCUGGCAAGGCCCAGGCGCGGAGCCUUCAGCUUCGUUGUUGAGACGGGAAGCCCUGCUGUGAAUUUCUUGGACGUUUCACCUACUUCACCUAUUAAGAAGCCAUGAGGAGUUAUAAACUCUUGUUCAGGGAAGAAAGAAGAGGGCAGGAGGAUGUAACCCAAUGCCUUUAAAAACAAAAACACAAAAAUGCUCUUUUUUUUUUUCCGUCGUGGGUUUGGGGAGCCAAACCAACGUGUGACUGAGCGAGUUGACUGAGAGACGUGACAGAGUUGAAGAUGUCUUUCUGCAGUGUCUGGUUCUCUUAUCGUCUUCUUAAGUCAAAGCCUUAACAAUGAACAUACUUCAACAUGAUACGGGUCUGUCAACGUAAACCUGUAAAAGGGCAUAGACAUCUUUUCGGAUGAUCCAGGAGUGUUGGAAGAUGGUUAAAUUUUAAGCUGGUAUUUAAUCAUCCCCACUUGAUGUAUUGGGAUAGGUAGCAAAAAGGCAGGAUUGUGGGAGUUAAGGGCAGAUGAAACCUGGAAACACAGAAGGUAGCUGGGGGUACAAGUGGAUGUUUAGGAAGCUGAAAGAAGCGGUAGACAGGAGACAGAAGGGAGACAGAUGCCAAGAGGCCUGGUGUAAGUGAAGCAGUGGGUGUCUGUCCUGUUGUGGUGUUGCCGUUCUUGCCAUACCCAUUCCCCUAGAUUGUACUAAUUCUCAUGAUCAAUUGACUAUCCUGCAUGAGACCCCAGGAAUUGUUUCUUCAUGGGAAAUUCCCUUCCAGCAACUUCAAAGGAAUGGGAAAGUAUUGAUCUUACAUGAAUCGAAAGGAGCCUGGAUUAGGGGCAGAGAGAAAGAAGCCACAGCCAACUGUGUGUGUGUGUGUGUGUGUGUGUGUGUGUGUGUGUGUGUGUGUGUGUGUGCACGUGCACAUGUAAGUACACAGUAGUAUACAGAAAUACCAAACAUGGCUCAGAUCCACGAGCAGCAGAGAGAAGAAAGAACUGCGUCUCUGAUAGGAGCAAGGAGUGGGCACAGGGAUGUUGUCUAGAAAUUGGAGAGAUAGAUUCCCGGCUCCAUCUCAGCGUAGGUGAACUCAGUGUACCAAGAAGCACUUGAGGGUUGUCUUCUCAUGGUGAGGGGGGGCGUCUGUUUUAAACUGGAGUGCGUGCGUGAGAGAGGGGCCCAGGAGAGGUUCGAGCCGGUGGGUGAGUUGUUAGGUGGCUUAAGAGGACUUGAGUCCAUCAUGCUCUUUUUCGGCAGUUGUCCUCCCCCUUGUUUGAUUCAAAUUCCGUGAGUGACUUGUCUUUCCCUGGGAAAAGGAUUAGGAGAAUGGUCCCUAACAACUCAGGCUUUGGUCAGGCUGCCUUUGGUUGGUUGUGUUUUUAUCGGUUUCUUUCUCUGUACCUCGACUUACCUCGAAUCAGAAAGCAAGCCCAGGCAGGUGGAAGAGGCAUCUCUGCUUGGCAUUGCCCAAUUUAACCAGGGAGGCUGGCUGCCCACCGUCUCUGUCCACUAGAGGGGAGGGCCGGCAGGUGUCAGUAUGAACUCAGGAAUAGAAACAUGAGGCCUUUAAAAUAAGAGGGAGAAAAAUCCGUGAUGCAAACCUGUAACCCCCUAGAACCCAAGUGCCAGAAUUAAUUCCUAGAUGCUGCUUCUGUUUGAAUAAAAAGUCACAGCUUUUACACUUGAAAAAAACACUCAAAAAAUGUUCAACUCCAUGAAAACUGUUUUUGGCUUUAAGAAAUUGUUUGGUGUUUAACUGUUUCCUUUGAUUGCCAUUCCACCAGUAAAUUGUUGGUUGAUUUGCACUGCACACUGGGGUUGGGGGGAGGGUCCUACACAGAGCCAGACUUGGGCUUGCCCGGGAAGUGGACCAGGGGAUGUGGAGGUCACUGAUAUUUCCUGGAGCAAAGGGGUGGGAGAUAGUUUUUCUUCCCCGAGCCCACUCUGGGCAGCACCUGUCACCAGCCUGGCACAAAGCCAGGCCUUUCUCUUCCGCGAGCAUCUCAUCACUGAACAGCAGGUGGAAAGGGGGGGACAACACCAGACGUAUUUUGCCUCCCCAUUUUUUCCACCUUUUGCUGUGCCAAAUGUUUAACAUUUUGCAAAUACAGAUCUUGAACAUGUAUUAAGAACCUGUUCAAACUGUUUGCUUUUUUGACUCUAGAGAAGAAAACAGUAGAGAUCUCUUCAGGGCAUCCAGCCUUGCUGAGCUUUUCUUUUUUUUUUGUUUAAGAACGGCUAGGAGUGAAAUAUAAACAAUUCACUAAGUCCCUUCAACCCCCAGUUUUCAAGCUGCACUGCAUUAAACCCAGCUCGCUAACUAACACAGGGAAUUACUGCACCCUAGUCCUCAGUGGGCCAAGAAACUUUCAGAAGCAUUAAAAAAAAAAAAAAAAAAUAGUUGAAGUAUACCACUUCUCACCAAGCGGGUAGAGUCAGUUGGCUGUUUGUCCCUUGUUUUUUAUUUAUUCCAUAAUUAUGUUUGUGUUUUUUGUUUUGUAGACAGUAAUGGAACAUACUUUUAAAUUUUGUUCAAAAGAAAAAAAACUUUGAUCCAAUCUUUCAAGAACUGUUCCAUUUUUUUGUUUCUUCUUGGGGGAAAAAAAGUUACCAGUUAAUUUGUUUUGAAAUAUUUAGGCAUUCUUUGAGUUAUAAAAUUGCGAUGCAGGGAUUUUGGGGAAUUCACAUGUGAAAGAUGACUUCACUAGUUAUCCGCUUAAGCAGAAUAAAGUGUGUAUAUGUACAUAAAAUGUAAGUAAUCUUAACUCCAUUGUGCAGUGCCUUUUAGAUGUUCCGCUUUCUAUAAAUUCAAAUUUUUGCAUAUAUAUAUAUAUGAUGUAAUGUUAUAGAAAUAUAUGUAUAAUAUACAUAUUUUUUCCAGGGGUAUCUGAUAGCUCUGUAUUUUGUUAUGGAAGCUGAAAGAAAAAAAAGUAUUUUACCUCAGAAAUUAAAGUUAAAUAAAAUUUUAAAAAAAUACUUUUAA